AUGGGCAACAAGAUGAAGACGCUGGGCAUCUUCAACCUCACUGGCCGCCCUGUACUAGUCCAAUACCGCUCCUCCAAUUUCCUCAUCCUGCUCGUUGUAUGCGCCGCCGUAUUCACCGACAUAUUCCUCUACGGCAUCCUCGUGCCCGUCCUCCCCUUCGCCCUGACGGACCGAGUCGGCGUGCCGCACGACCAAGUUGCCAAAUGGAACGGCAUCCUCCUCGCGCUAUACAACGCGGGCUUAUGUGUAGGGAGCCCCGUCUUUGGCUUCUACGCUGACCGCACUUCGUCACGGCGACUGCCCUUUCUGCUCGGUCUAAUAGCCCUGGCUGCUGCUACACUGUUACUAUGUCUAAGUACAUCCAUUGCUUUGUUUGCAAUAGGGCGCGUUCUUCAAGGCAUCAGCGCCGCGAUAUGCUGGGCGGUCGGUCUGGCGUUGCUGGCUGACACGAUGGGGGAGAAGAGAGGUUGGGCGAUGGGGUGGGUGAACUGGGCCAUGACGGCGGGCUUCUUGCUGUCUCCGAUUAUCGGGGGCAUUGCGUAUGCGAAGGCCGGGUAUUUUGCCGUGUAUUACCUCGCUUUUGGCUUGAUUGUGUGCGAUAUCGUGCUGAGGCUGCUGUUGGUGGAGAGAAAGGUUGCGCAGAAGUGGCAGCAUCGUGAGCGGAAUGAGGGUUCGAACACGGCCAACCAGGAGCAGCAGCCCGAAGGGAGUGCUGUGAGAUGCUCAGGGGACGUGAAUCCCGAUUAUGGGACGAUUGAGCGGGAUAUGGCAGGACCAGCAAGGGCAUAUUGGAGUCUGAUCAAAUCCAGACGCCUCCUAGCAUCACUCCUGGGCUGCAUUAUGCAGUCUGCAUCCAAAUUCGCCUUUUAUACCGUAGUUCCUCCUUUCGUCGACAAGACGUUUCACUGGGACUCGCUUGCAGCCGGCCUCAUAUUUCUAUGCGUCUUCUUGCCCGGGUUCCUGUCGCCUGUUGUCGGCACCGCAUCCGAUCGAUACGGCACGAAAUGGCUCUCGAGCGGUGGCUUUCUCAUGUCCAUCCCCAUCUUUGUCUGUCUGCGCUUGGUCGACUCGGACUCCAUCUCGCACAAGGUCCUUUUCGGCGUGCUGCUGACACUCAUGGGUGUUGCUACCACCUUGUCCAGCACCCCGCUGAUGGCAGAGAUUACCUACGUGAUUGAAGAGAAGGAAAAGAGGCAGCCUGGGGUCUGGGGAGCCAAGGGAGUAUACGGGGUUGGGUUUGGACUGUUUACUACGUCGUUUGCGCUUGGGGGCGUCAUUGGUAGCUUCAUGGCUGGGUAUCUGUACGAAGGGCCGGGUUGGGAGACUUUUGGAUGGGCAUUUGCGGUUUGGUGCGCGGGAGCCACCCGGCUUGGCCCCAGAACAUGGACAUGCUCAGCUUGUCAGGGCCAAUUGGCCGUCGCGAAUUCUCACCCGUUUGGAGGACUCAGACGCUUUGCUUCGGCUAGGGGCUCAUCACAAGGAGCCAACGGCAAUGGUCGUAGAGGAUCGCGAUCUCGAAGGGUGUUGUUAUUCGCCUCGGCCAGUGCAGCUGGUGUGGCGAGCACAGCGCUUGCUUUUACAGAUGAAAUUCGGAAUAGCUACGAGUCUAUGGAGCGAACCGGUAGAGUUGUUGCCGCACUGGCUAUUUGUAUUAAUGAUUACCGUACGACACUAAACGCAAAAGCCACGAUACAAGACGAGGAAGAACAAACCAAGGUCUUGCAAGCGUGCCACAAACGUUGCGCCGAGAGAACAUUUAAAGUGUUGGAAAAGAAUGGCGGCAUUUUCAUCAAGCUGGGCCAACAUUUGAGCGCCAUGAAUUAUCUCUUGCCGCCCGAAUGGACAACAACUUUCGUCCCGUUGCAAGACAAGUGUCCCGUUUCGUCGUUUGCAUCAAUAGAAGAUAUGUUCCGCAAAGACACCAAUGGAGAGCUAUGGGACAUCUUUUCUGAGUUCUCAAGUGAACCAAUUGGCGCAGCCUCUCUUGCCCAGGUCCAUCUAGCAACGUUGAAGGAGUCUGGUCGCAAAGUCGCCGUCAAAGUGCAGCACCCUGACCUCGAAGCAUUUGCGCCUUUGGAUCUCGCUCUUACAAAAUACACUUUCUCUACGUUGAAACGAUUCUUCCCCGAAUACGACCUCGAGUGGCUUUCUUCCGAGAUGGAAGUGUCGCUUCCAAAGGAACUCGACUUUCAAGAGGAGGCGGACAACGCCAUGCGGAUGAAGGCACAUUUUGCCAAGAUGCCGGAACUGCCUCUCGUCAUUCCCGAGGUGAUUUGGGCCAAGAAGCGUAUUAUAGUCAUGGCCUGCGAGUCUGGUGCUCGACCCGACGACCUGGAAUACCUGGACAAGAACGGAAUCGACCGCGACGAGGUCUCUGCCACGCUAGCACGCAUUUUCAACGAAAUGAUUUUCGGAGAUGGCGCUCCGCUGCACUGCGAUCCUCACGGUGGGAACAUUGCCAUUCGCAAGAACAAUGCUCGCCGUGGCAUCGGACGCGGCCCAAACUUUGAUGUCAUACUCUACGACCACGGCCUCUACAGAGAUAUCCCGCUGCCCUUGCGGCGCUCAUACGCCAAGAUGUGGCUGGCAGUCAUUGACGGCGACAUGGACCGCAUGAAGAAGUACUCGCACGAAGUCGCCGGCAUCGGCGACCAAGACUUUCCCCUCUUCGCAUCCGCCAUUACAGGACGUGACUUCAGCGUCGUCAGUAAUCAGGGCUCUAUCCUGCAGACCCGCAGUGCCGACGAGGAGCAAAACAUGAGCUCGUCCCUUCAAGAAGGGCUCAUCGUCGACCUGGUCCAGAUGCUCAGCCGAGUGCCGCGCAUCAUCCUGCUCAUUCUCAAAACAAACGAUCUAACACGGAGCUUGGACGAGAGCCUGCAAACUCGUCAAGGUCCUAUUCGCAGCUUUUUGAUUCUCGCGCGGUACUGUACACGCACCGUCUUCCAUGAACAGCUAGAGCAGAUUCGAAACAAGGGAUCACUGCUCUGGCCGCCAAAUGGUUUGAGGGUGUUUGCCGCGUGGCUGGGUUACCUGAGGGUGGAGGUGAAGCUGGAGGCCUUUGAGCUCUGGCUGGGUGUCAAGCGGGUGCUGGGUUUGAAGGUAGACUUUGCUGGCGGGUCGCAACUGUAG